AUGGAGAAGUUCAUCAACGCCGCCAUGGUGGACCGAGACCAGGCAGACCCAACGCUCUACACCGUCCUGACUGCCAAAUCGAAACAUUCCCAGAUCUCGCUCACGGACUUCCUAGCAUUCACUCCAAAGUGGAACGUCACGAGCAACACGUUUCGUCCGCCGUACUACCACCGCAACAAGACCACCGAGAUCAUGGGCGUCGUCUACGGCGCGUACGGCGGCUCGAGCAAGGACCUCCGCGCCGGCGGCCUCAGCCUCCAGCCCAGCUACAUGCCGCACGGCGAGACGGCGCAGCGCUUUGCCGAAGCCACGGGGGCGGAGCUGAAGCCGGAGCGCUCAGGCGAGGGCUCUCUGUUCUUCAUGUUCCAUGUCAACGCCCACUGCGCGGUGACGAGAUAUGCUCUCGAGCGGAGCGGUGCACUGCAAGUCCAUUCGCGAACGCCGUGGGAGGAUAUGGAAGGUGGCUUGUACAAGCACAUUGAGCAGAUCAACAAGGAUCUCAGGAAGAUGGGCCUGGACCCCUUGUCUACUUCGCAGUGA